UUCGUAAGAAUCGAAAUAACAAAACCAAAUCACAUUAAAAGAAAUUUGGAUUGUACCCGUCUCGAUCAAGAUGAAGAAAUGGUUGGAGGUGCCGUGAGUUAUUGAAGAAGCGGUCAAUAGAUGUUACGUGUCCGCUUACAUAAAAUUAAAAAAGAAAAGUGUAAGCAACAAACAUCUUUCCAAGGGAGAUGGAUACAUAGAGAGAGGGCGGUGGAGAGGUUAUAGAAGCAAAAGUUUUUGGGAAUGGAGUCGAGUGAGGAUGUGGAGGUUCUGAGCAGAGCCAUCGAAAAACUUCUUGAUGAGAAGAAGAAUAGAGAAAUUGCUGGUGAAUCCUUUAUUGAAGACGAUGACGAUCAGCUUUUCCUCUCUAGGAUCAUCUCUCAGUUGGAAUCGCCAAAUCAAUUCCCAAAAACAGUUGAGACUACCAAAGGAGAAGAAGAACCAUUGCCAGAUUCUUUACCAUCCAAAGGAAAAGACAAGGGUGAGAGACAACUGGAAGAGAGCAUAGAAGAAAUAGCCAAAGACAUCAAGGAGGUGAAGAGGCAGAACAAAGUAACCCACAUACUGCUCUCUGCUUUGAUCAUACUGACAUUGACUUGGCAGCUCUCUGAGUACUCAAUGAUUUACAUGAUGAAAGAGAGACUAAGUCACCCAAUCAGAUCCAUCGGAGGUAUGUUUUCUGGGUUAUUCAAAGGUAAGUUACGUCCAAUCAAGAACAAACUAUCCAACGCCAGGGAAGAAGACAAUCAUCACAAUGGGAAUGGAACAAACACCGGAGGAGUUCAUAUCCAAGUGCCCGAGCUGUUGCGAGACUUGGGUCUCGACGACGAUGAUGAAUAAUAAUAGCUUUCUUUUGUAGCUGUUUGUUUUAUACAUUUGCAAUCUGGAAUAGUGGUCACACUCUCAAUAUUUGCUACUGUUUGUAAAAAUGCUCAGUAUGAAAAAGAGUUCUAACAUUCAAGCAAA